AUGCCAUCAACUCUCGAUGACUUCGAAGUUAUUUCAACCAUAGGAACUGGCUCUUAUGGCACAUGUAAGAAGAUCCGCAGAAAAAAGGAUGGAAAAAUCAUGGUAUGGAAGGAGAUGGAGUACGGAACAAUGACUGAGUCUGAAAAGCAGAUGCUGGUCUCCGAGGUGAACCUGCUAAGAGAGCUGCGACAUCAGCAUAUUGUGAGGUACCAUGAUCGCAUCAUUGACCGGUCAAGAGCUAUUAUUUAUAUCAUCAUGGAGUAUUGUCAAGGUGGGGACCUUGACACGAUUAUCGUACAGAACAGAAAGGAAGGGACGCAUGUUCCCGAGGACUUUGCCUGGAAGAUCCUUAUCCAGACGACCUUGGCCUUGAAGGAGUGUCAUCAACGGAAGAACGGCAAGGCUGUCCUUCACCGUGACCUCAAACCAGCCAAUGUAUUUUUGGACGCCGAGUCCAACGUCAAGCUCGGAGAUUUCGGCCUGGCCAGAGUUCUCCAUCACGAGAGUAGUUUUGCAAAGACUUAUGUUGGGACCCCGUAUUAUAUGUCGCCGGAGCUUGUGAACAACCAGUCCUACAACGAGAAGUCUGAUAUUUGGUCGUUAGGCUGCAUGCUCUAUGAGCUGUGUGCCCUAGUUCCCCCCUUUACAGCGUCCAACCAGAGUGAGCUCAACAGAAAGAUCCGGACUGGUGAUUUUCCCAGAAUACCCAGUCAGUAUUCUCUGGAGCUGGAUUUGAUUAUCCGGAAGAUGAUCCAAGUAGAGGUGAUCAGGAGGCCAAACAUAGAUGCCAUCUUGGCCGAUCCGUUAAUUCAGCGCAAGCAAGACAGCCUCGCCCGCAGAAAUGGCAACAGAAACAAAAAACUGGAGUUUGACCGAGUCACUGGGUCAGGUGACCAAGGGGACGUCAGAUAUGAAGACUUUCUUGCCAAGAUGAGGCAGCUGGAACUUAAAGAGAAAGAACUUGAAAGUCGUGAGAAAACUCUGGCAUUACGAGAGAAACUAUUUGAGGAAAGGGUCAAAAGGGCCAAGGAAGCGGACAGAUACCAGCACCCAGAUAGCACCUCCAUCAACCAGGCAUCACCGGCCACCUCCUACACCCCUUGUGCAGAUGAGGACAGCUUUACCCACCCAUCAUCUUGCCUCUCCAGCGGAUCCAAAGACCCGGACUCUCCCAAGAAGCAUGUGACCUUCCAUGACUACCUGAACGGAAAAGAGAACCUCCGACAGAACAAAAGCUUUAUCUUUAACUCCUACACUGGAACCUACAGCAUGGAGAACUUCCCUAGAAAUGAUCCGGUGAAGCAUGAGGACAUCAGGGACCGGCUGUUUCGAGUCAAAGAGAGACCUGUUGCUACUCGAGAUUUUACAGGAUAUCCUAAAUUGAUAUCAAGAAAUCUGUUGCAUUUUAGAUAA